AUGAUCUUCAAGACUCUGAUUGCUGCCCUUCUAGUGGCCAGCGUGAUUGCCCUACCUGCCAACACUGUUGAUCAACUCAAGCGCGAACCCAAUUCUCUUGUCAAGUUCUACAUUCCCGGUGUGGGCAAAACUGAUGCCGCGGAUGCUGAAGCCCUUACCAAGCGCAACAGUCUCGUUAAGUUUUAUAUCCCCGGUGUGGGUGAAGUUGAUGGUGAGGCCGAAGCUCUUGCCAAACGUGACCCCAACAUGCUCGUCAAAUUUUAUAUCCCUGGUGUCGGCGAAGUGAACAGCGAGGAUGCCGAGGCACUUGCUAAGCGUGAUCCAAAUACACUCGUCAAGUUCUACAUUCCUGGCGUGGGAGAAGCCGAUAGUGAGGAGGCUGAUGGAGCCCUCACUAAGCGCAACACUCUCGUCAAAUUUUACAUUCCUAGUGCGGGCAAGGUUGACGCCGAAGAAGCUAAAACGGAGUCUGCUUAG